GCAAGGAAGUGGAGAAAGGCCACAAAUUUUACGAUUUUCAGUUCAAUACAAGGCUUGUGAAGUCAACAAUUGUGCACUUCCAGGUAAAGGCAUAACUUAAAGUUUCUAGUUAGUGACGUUUGUUUGCGGACCCUGAAUGUAAUAAUUUUGUACUAUGACAUCUAAAAAAAGCCUCUGGAACUGUUUUAGUUGUUGCAUAUCACCAUAAAGAGGGGGAUGAAUCAUCCUUUUGGGAUAUCUUUUGAUUUUUUCUUAAAAUCGCAUGGCUCAGUUUGUUUCUUAACCGCAGUUUUCAUAAACUCUCAGUUCAGUAAAUCCUCACUAGAUAUAUACUUAUCCAAAGUAAAUAAAUAUGUAACAGAGCGUAGUGAAAGCGUGUGAAGCAAAUAUUCAUUUUUGUUCUUCUGCAAACAUCCUUAGUUAAUUGCAUUUUGAGAUCUCCUGUUUUAUAUUCUUGAUUUGUUAUUUGCUUUUACAAGGGGAAAAGUGGUUGCUUCUUAAUUCUCUUGGGAAUUUAUUAGAACGGUCCAAUCAGAAUUGUAGUUUUGCAGGUAUUCUUAUACUAAUAUAGUGCUUUGUGGAUGCAUGAGUGUAAUUUAGCUCUCUCUCUCCUCAUUUCUUAGAAGGUAUGGAAUGUUUACAUGCUAUAGUAAUGGUGAAUCACGUCUAUCAUUAACUCAUGCUUGAGCGGCAUUUCAGCAAAAAGAAAGGGGGGAAAAAUUAGGGUGAGAUGCCAACAUAAUGACAAUGCUUGUUGGGUCCUCCGAGCUAGUGAAAUUGAUUAUUGUUCCUAAUAUUUUAACUGUAAGUUAUUUCUUAUAGAAUAACUUGAUCUGAUUCUUUGGAUGGGGAUUUUGCCAGCCUUGUCUUCCUACUUCCAUAGCUAGAGGGUCUCUCUCUGUCAAGUAGCCAAUCAUAUACAGAGCAGCAAUUUUGACCAUGCACUAACCAUUUUUAAUUUACGUUAGUUAAUUGUUAUAUCUUUAUGAUUGCAUACUCUCUGUUGUGCCUGGUUCAGAUUUCCUUGAACCAGGACUUUUAUUUAAUGAAUCGUUUUUGUGCAGAUCAUUAACACUCCAGAAGUAUCUCAUGAACAUUAAUAAUAUUAGAGGAUCUUUAUUUGGAAGGUACAAUGUUAUAGAUGGGAAUUUUGGGUUACUAAACUGCCUAAUGGUUUUAUGCCAAGUUCCUUUGAGGUGGGUAUGACUUGGCUUUGCUGAAUUUGCAACUUUUCAUUCAUGUGGAUGAUGUGCUUUCAUUGAUUGGUUUUUGUUGUAUGGAUGCCCUAGGUUUGGGGCACUUUGGCAAGGUUCUGGGUUAAUUUUGCCUUAAGUUUUCCAUUUUUCUUGUUAUAUAGUAUUAAUGCGUGCACUUAUAAACUUGGAUCUAACUCUGUUUACUCCUAACUGUAGUCAUGUAGCAUAUUUUGCCUUUCUUUGUGGGUUUAGUCUUCGUUGUCUUGGAAACUUUGACAUGGAAAAGUUCUGGCUCCUGCUUUCAGUGAAUAAUUUGCUGGAAGUCAAUCUAUUUCCUCUGUGUGUGUAUCAACAGUUCUUGAUUAAUUUAUUUAAUGGUUUAGCUUCAAGUAUAACCUGCUUCAGACUUGUGCACAAAAGUGAUAGUGGUUUGUGCUGCAUCCUUUUGCUGAUAAACGAUCUGUAUGCCAUUCUAAAAGUUCUUUUGAGCUACAAAUUCAUUUGUAAUCAUCUGUAUGUCAUGUGGCUCUUAUAUUUGUCUUGUUGAUUGCUUAUUUUUACUUUAAUUAACCUCUGUUUCUGGGAUUGCUAUUUUAUCUCCAUUUCAGCCUUAGGAGGAGGUGGCAGUUGUGUCUGAGCAAGCUGGCGCCUUAAGGAAACAUUUUUUAUAUGCUCAGAAAUCUUUUAUCAGCAACAUCAAAGCACGAUGUUUACCUAAUGCAAAGCUACUCAGUAAUGCACUGGUCCUCUCUUCUGAGAAGAGGCAAAGAAGUGUUGAAUGUAGCUAAACCAAUUGUGCCCUCACUGAAAUGCCCUGGAUCUAUGUCUCAGACAGUCUCUAGAGUGCAGAUAAGCACUAUGGCCGUCAAAGACAAUUUAAUGGCUGCUGGUGGAUUUCGAGGGGAGCUUAUCUGCAAGUACCUCAACCAACCUGACGUUACUUUCUGCACCAAAAUAACAACAGACGAAGAUGCCAUCACAAAUGCUGUUGACAUAGGCCAAAGUCCAACUGGACUUGUGAGAGUUAUGACUGCAAACAAUGACGCUCAAGUUCGGGUUUUUGAUGCCAGCAGUUUUGCUUGCAUUAGUAAAUUCUCAUUUCCUUGGUCAGUCAAUAACACCUCUGUAAGUCCAGAUGGUAGAUUACUUGCUGUCCUCGGGGACAAUCCUGAGAGCUUGAUUGCUGAUGCACACUCAGGAAAGGUUGUGGGCACCUUGAAGGGGCAUCUAGACUAUGGAUUUGCUUCGGCUUGGCAUCCAGAUGGUAGGAUGUUGGCAACUGGAAACCAGGACACGACUUGCAGACUCUGGGACAUCAGAAACUUAUCGAAGUCAGUCUGCGUCCUCAAGGGUAGAAUGGGGGCUAUCAGGGCUAUACGGUUCACAUCUGAUGGCCGAUUCCUGGCAAUGGCUGAACCAGCUGAUUUCGUUCACGUCUUUGAUACAAAGUCAGAAUAUGCGGAGGGACAAGAAAUUGAUUUGUUUGGCGAGAUUGCUGGAGUUUCCUUUAGUCCCGACACAGAAGCUCUCUUUAUUGGAGUCGCAGAUAGAACUUACGGUAGCUUACUGGAAUUCAACAGGAGACGUUAUAAUCAAUACCUGGAGUGCAUCUUCUGAAGCACUAGGGGAGGAUUUGUUUGUUGUUUAAUUAAUGGGAGUAAAUACUUUUGUACAGUCCAGUCUAAAGGAGUUUAUAUUAACAUAUGUUGAGAAGUGACCUCUCUGAAGAAGGGUACUUGGACCAGUGUCAGUCUUUUAGCUGACUGAUACUUAUCCAUUCUGAAAUUUUGAAUUUUGCUUCUUUGAAAUUUUGUUGAUUUCGCUUUUCAUGGCGAGCAUACUAUAAGAUUUUGCAGAUGUAAUAGCAAUACGAUGUCUUUUUGUAAUCCAGGUUGAUAAUUACUAAUUAAAAGCAUUAGUAGUUAAUUUGUUUGAA